AUGGACGCUGGCAGUAACCAUGGAGGGGAAUUAUUGGCUUAUGACUUCUUUAUAUGUUCUUUAUGUGGCUGCCUCCUCGGUUAUGUGUUGACGGCCGACCCCUCGUCACCCGAGGCCGACCCCUCGUUACCCGAGGCCGACCCCUCGUCACCCGAGGCCGACCCCUCGUCACCCGAGGCCGACCCCUCGUCACCCGAGGCCGACCCCUCGUCACCCGAGGCCGAUCCCUCGUCACCCGAGGCCGACCCCUCGUCACCCGAGGCCGACCCCUCGUCACCCGAGGCCGACCCCUCGUCACCCAAGGCCGACCCGUCGUCACCCAAGGCCGACCCGUCGUCACCCAAGGCCGACCCCUCGUCACCCGAGACCGACCCCUCGUCACCCGAGGCCGACCCCUCGUCACCCAGCGCUCAGGGAAUAAUGAAAGAUUUGAAGCGGAGUUUUGAUCGAACGCUCGGGCGAGCGAUUUCUUUCGGGGCUUGA